UUAAGCAAAAGUUGGUCAAUUUCUCUCUGCUUACUGUCUUGAUCAAAUGGCCUCUCAGUUCCUAUUUUUCGCAUUCCUUGCCGUAACUUUUUCCGUUGCUUUGGCAUCGGACCCGAGUUCUCUUCAGGAUUUCUGCGUGGCAGAUGCAACGAGCUCAGUUCUGGUUAAUGGUCGUGUUUGCAAGGACCCUAAGCUUGUUGAAGCCAACGAUUUCUUUUUCAGUGGGCUUCACCUAGCAGGCAACACAUCAAACGCAGUUGGUUCACGUGUGACUCCUGUUGGUGUAGCUCAAAUUGGAGGACUUAAUGCCCUUGGCAUCACUGCUGCGCGUAUUGAUUUUGCCGCAUGGGGUCUUAACCCUCCACAUACACACCCUAGAGCUACUGAGAUUUUGACAGUCCUGGAAGGGAGCCUCAAAGUUGGUUUUGUCACCUCGAACACUGAAAACCGCCUCAUCACCAAGGUACUUCAGAAGGGUGAUGUUUUUGUGUUCCCAGUCGGUCUUGUGCAUUUCCAGCAGAAUGUUGGAAAUGGUAAUGCAGUUGCCCUUGUAGCUCUCAGCAGCCAAAAUCCAGGUGUCAUUACCAUUGCAAAUGCAGUAUUUGGAUCAAAUCCUGAUAUCCCUGCUGAUAUUCUUGCAAAGGCUUUCCAAGUGGAUACGAACGCGAUCUACAGUCUUCAGUCCAAGUUUUAGAAUAAAUUCCAAUUUGGAACCUCUGAUUAAAUCAAAAGGGAUUUAUAGCUCAUUUGAAGUGUCCUAGAAAAUUGUUACAGUUUGUUUUUCAUCGCAGUCAUGUUGGUUUACUGUUUUGUUUGACUCAAAAGAUUUAAUUUGUUUAUAUGCUCAUUUGAAAUGUUGUUGAAACCUGAUAUCCCUGUUGGUCAUGUCGGGAUAAGGCCGUUUUGUUGUUGUAUGCUCUUUUGAAGUGUGAUCAAGUUGUUAUUUCUUUAUUCCAUUGAUCCAAGAUAUAAUAAAAG